AUGGCCCUCAAUUCAGAAGACGACAGCGACGAUGACGAACUGAUAUACCAACACACGUCGAGCGACGAACACGGAUCCCCAUCCGACGAUGACGAUGAUGGUCGAGAUGGAAGCGGCGAAGUCCACACGCCGACCUUCACACACAACUUCGCCCCGCCAUACUACGGCAGACCACCAACACCGCUGCCCCCGUCGCCGUCGCUGACAUCGCUGUUGCGCCCUUCGCGGCCCAACACACCCGACGCGUCCGACGACGAGCUGGAACCGGUGCCACGGGCGACGCCGCAGGUCCCGACGUACGAGUACUACGGCUUCGUGCUGUACGUGCUGUCGUGGGUCGCGCUGCUCAUCUACCUACUGUGGGCCUUUUUGCCGUCGCCCGUGCUCCACGCCGUCGGCAUCUACUACUACCCGAGUCGGUGGUGGGCACUCGCCGUCCCCGGGUUUCUGGUCAUGCUCAUCGUGUACAUCUACGUUGCGCUGGCGCUUUACAACACUGAGUUUUUGACGCUUCGGCUGGACUCGAUCGAGACGAUUGUGGACACAGCCGGCAAGGUCGCUGCUGUAGAUGCGCGGGGGAGGUUGAGGCCAAGGACUGAUGGGCUUGGGGCUGGAAAGGGCGCCGCCGGUGCUCCUGGUGGAGGACGGGGUAUGCAGGAAGAAAACGAUGAGGAUGAUGGUGUCACAACGCCAUGUGGGAUUGAUUGGAGGUCAAUAUGGAAUGAAGGCACUGAUGCGGUGAUGGAUGUGCCAUUGGCCGGUGUCAAUGAGAUAUUAUAUGGGUAUCAGUAUGACGACGACAGUGUAAAUCAAGUUGGUUAA